CUCACACGAUCUUUCGCACAAGCACGCAUACUUCUCACGCACAUUACCGCCAUCUCUGACAUUGGUCUGCAAUUCAACGUGUCACCUCCUACGGGAAGUCCGACCAUAAGCAGCGUCGGCAGCUGCUGGUGAGGAUGACGCAGUUGGAAAUGGUGGCUUCGCGGGGGAUUCCCCAGAACGGCUGCGUGCGCAGCCUGCUGCGCGAAGAGGCGGCCAACCUGACCACAGAUGACGCCCCGGAGGAGAAGGCGCUGCUGCCGCAAGCCGACGUCAGGGUGAGGAUAGAGACUACGGCGGCGGACCUGUGCAGCAGCACUGGGGUAGUCUCCACCUCUUGUGGCCUGGGAUCGUGGGCGCCGCGCUGGUUGCAGCCGCUCGCCAGCGAUAAGGCCUAUGCUGUGCUACACGGCUUGCUCGGCAUGUCCUCCUUCGUGCUCGGCUCGUACUUCGUCGGCACUAUCAGCACGCUAGAGAAGAGGUUCAACAUCCCCAGCAGGACCACAGGUCUGAUCUACGGCGCGUCCGAGAUGGCCUCGACGGUGUCGGUGCUGGCGCUGAGCUACCUGGGCAGCCGCGGGCACCGGCCGCGCUGGGUGGCGGCCGGCACGCUGCUGGUGGCGCUCUCCUGCCUGCUGCGGCUGCUGCCGCACGCGCUCUACGGGCCCGGACACGACGCGCUGCGGCUCACCGUAGAGCACGGCUCGCCCGACGUCGUCGCCACCGCGCUGCACUCCGGAGGGGGCACCACCGCCGCUACGAAGACGAGCCUCUGCGGUGCGGUGGGCGAGGGCAGCGACGCGGAGUCGUGCGGGCAGCGCGGAGGCGCGGCGUCGCUGGCGCCGGCCGCCAUCUUGUUCCUGGCCAACGCGCUCACCGGCGUCGGCAACUCUCUCUACUACACGCUGGGGAUCGCCUACAUGGACGACAACGCGCGCAGGAGCCAGUCGCCCAUACUGCUCGCGGUGUCGCAGUGCCUGCGCAUGCUGGGCCCCACGCUCGGCUACGUGCUGGCGUCCUACGCGCUGCGCCAGUACGUCGCCCCGGACCUGACGCCCGUCAUCGACAGCAACGACCCGCGCUGGAUCGGCGCCUGGUGGCUCGCGUGGGCGCCGAUGGGCGUGGUGGAGCUUGCGCUUGCCGCCGCGCUGUGCCUGUUCCCGCGCCAGCUGCCCGCCACGGCCCGCCGCAAAGCCAGGGCGCCCACCCCUCCACACCUCCAACAGCAGCAGCAGCAGCUGCCCAAGACCUCAUUCAAAGACUUCCGACAAGCUGUGCUGCGGCUGCUGCGGAACAAGGUGCUGAUGCUGAACACGAUCAGUUCUGUGUGCUUCAUGUUCGGCUACGUGGGCUACUGGACCUUCAUGCCUAAGUACAUGGAGACGCAGUUCCGGCAGUCCGCCUCCAGGGCCAGCCUCAUCACAGGCUCUGUGGGGCUGGGCUUCACGGCUGCGGGCCUGGUGCUGUCGUCGGUGUACAUCUCGCGGGCCAAGCCGUCUGCGCGCGCGCUGGCCGCCUGGAACGUCGCCGUCGAGCUGCUGGACGUGGCCGUCCACCUGGCCAAGCCGUUCCUCGGCUGCCCCAGCGACGACCUGCGAGGCGCCUGGGACCCCGCACACCACUCGUGGAACAUGACGUCGGAGUGCAACGCGGGCUGCCUGUGCGGGCCCCACGUCAAGUACGCCCCCGUCUGCUCCGCGGACGGCGCCGCCACCUUCUUCUCCGCCUGCCACGCCGGCUGCCAGGACAGCGCCAUCCUCAACGGCACGCUGACGUUCAGCCGGUGCAGCUGCAUCCCGGGGCCCGGCGGCGGCCACGCCGUGGAGGGGGCGUGUCCCGCCAGCUGCGCCGCCAGCUUCGGCGCCUUCCUGGCGCUGCACUGCCUCACCAGCUUCCUCGUCGCCACAGGCCGCGCUGGCAACCUGCUGCUGCAGUUCCGGUGUGUGAAAGAGGCGGACAAGGCGCUGUCCAUCGGCUUCGCUGAGGUCCUGCUGUGCGCUCUCGCUUUCGCGCCAGGGCCCGUCGUGUACGGCGCUCUCCUCGAUUCAGCAUGCCUGGUGUGGGGAGAGUCUUGCGGCGAGAGGGGCAGCUGCUGGCUGUAUGACGGAAAGACGCUGCGCUAUCUGCUCAACUUCACGGCAGCAGGCUUCCUGAUAGCGGGCACGUUGUUGGACGUGGGCGUGUGGUACCACGUGAAGGGCCUCCAGAUCUACGACGAGGACUACCACGAGAAGAAGCGCAGCAAGUCCCACCAGUCCGAGGCGUCGGACAAGCCCCACGACGCCGUGGACGUCACGUAGCCACGCCCACACCACGCCCUCGCCGCAUACAACUCGCCGCCGCUCAACUCAAGACCAAUGGCGGCAACGCACUUCGCCGGCGUGCCUUUCGUACAGAUCAGCACGCCUCUAGUCUACGACAAAACACCCGGAUUUUCCGCGUGAUUUCAUAUUGCUGGAUUCUGCAGCGUCUUUGGACGUCGGAACCUACGUGUCCACCACCUCCGUGGGUGGCAUUUUUGCAUCCUGUAGUGCAUGGAAAUGCCGUGUGAUAUUAUUUAUAGAAGUUUGGACACGUGAUAGUUCAUUAAUUUAUUCAAUAAAGUAUAACACUAUUUUUAUACUUGACCGACGAACUAGCCGAAUUCAGGCAACGAACAAAAAGGCGAAAAUGUGAAGGAUCAGCUUGAAGGAGAAAUGCGAAUAAGUGUGAUUCUAUAAAAGAAGAACUUGUUUCAGUGAUCUCCCAACUUCUGUUCACAGACGUUUAGCGAACACGUUUUAGAAUAUGUAAGGGAACGAACUAUUGUUUUUUUUCC